UUGUACAAUUUCCCCGAAGAAAAACAAUAUAAGAUACUUCAGACAAUAUUUUUAACUUAAUAAGUUAAGUUUGCAGCCUGAUUACAAUUAACAAAAUGUUGAUAAUAUCCUUGCUAGUAUUGAUAGUCCGAAUGGAGACCGAGACAGCAGGGCUGGAAAUACCCGUUUUAACGGACAUGCAGGACAUAAUAGGGCUAGCUCACGACAUCGGUGAUAUUGCUUCAGGGAACGUACCUUUUCUCGGACUGUUCACCUCAAGGGUUGAUCCAGUCCAAGCGAAGUUAGACGGGCUAUCGAAGCAAAUAGAAGAAUUGUCGGCUUCGUUUCACUUAAAAAUGGAUCAGGCACUGUCCCAAAUUCUUACCAACGUGCCCCGGGAAACAGAUUUCAGAGUAAGGAUGAACCAGUUGGGCACUUACAUGGCGCGCAUCAGCUUUCUCUUUGACAUCUACCAAGAUAUUAUUAAAGCCAAUAGUGAAUACGACAAGUACAGUGUAGAACAGUUCGUAAAUUCAGCUACCUCACUGCAUGAUGGUGACGUCAUCGAAACGCUUAAUCAAAUGCACAGAUUGAUGACGGGCAACCAAGAUGACGACACCCAGGGUAGUCUUUUUUCAGUAGCAGCUCCAGUUUUCGCGAGUAUGGAUCCAUCAGCUUUGUGUGGGAGGACCAUGUCCCGUCAGCAAAAAGCCUACGAUCUUCAUCGAACGAUUGUCAUUACCGAAGUCAAGGGAUUUCUGAUGACUACCUAUGCCUACGGAAUGUUGGGGAUCUAUCGGAACCGUACAUUUGGAAGAGAAAUUAGAAAGGCAGAAGAAAGAUUGAUAUCAAGGGUAAGUGAUUAUAUACAAACUACAAAAGAAGGGCUGGUGAUGAUCCCAAGAGAUGUUUAUGUUUGUGAUCCACCUGUGCAUCGUUUUGAUAAGACAUUUGUAGAACUGUCUCGCGCUAUUCAGAUGACUGUGGUACACGAAUUACACGUGCUUCCUUCUUUAGUUUGUGACAAAUCUUGCAGUGCUGUUGAUUCCUCAAAAUAUUACCGUUUCACUGUUGAUGCAUCGAGAAAAGUAUAUUGGAAACCGAAGAUGAUUUGUCACGGACGAAUUACUCACUGUAAAGAUCUUGGAUCGUCUGAUAUUUGUGAAUUUGAAAUCGAUGAAGAUGAUCGAGAGACUAUAGAUCGUUUGGUUUAUGUAGACAGUACAGCCCUGGGACAGUUCGGGGAUUCUGAACGCUGUGGGCUCGCUAGAAGAUCUAGUCUUAGUUAUCAUAUGUCUCUAUUUCGACAGUGCGAACCUUGUCUGUGUACGUGUUUCGAGGAAAAGGAAAGCUCUACCGCUGAUCGCGCCUUCAGUUUAAGACCACAAGUCACUGACAUUGAUAAUAACAUGGUGCUCACUGGAAUAGCUUUUGAGAAGCAAGACAGGCUGAUCCAUGUUCAAAUCGAGCAAGGAAAGUUGAUUAAAGAAGGACACAUAGAAAAGGGCUCUGAAAAGUGGGUCAGGUUAGAACAGUUUGAUUAUACUACGGGAGGUUCAUCAUGGCGAGGUGGCUUCGUCAGAUGGGAGGGCAGUGACAAAAUUGAGAUGGUAGAAGAAGAAGAUUAUGUUUUCAUUGACGCCAACCGACGUAAAAUACACCUAGAUGAUGUAAAGACUCUUCAGGACGAGUAUGUUGUGACUGGAGCUAAGUUGAAGGUCAGUGCUAGAGAUCGAAAUGCAAUAGCUCUUUCUAUUCGCCUGACCAGGUUCAAUUACACAACUGGAGAGUUGAUUGCCGAAGCGGAUUAUCGUAAUGCGGGAGACAAUGACAAAAUAAACACCAAGAUACAUUCAGUGUGGAUCGAUGACGAGUUGAUAUCUGAACGAAAAUAUCGUGGAGACAGAACUGUGCUAGAUGUAACGGACAAACAAGAUCCUGUUAGAAGCUACGGCAACGUUCCUGAUAGCCCAGAUCAUUCCGAGAUAACGAUAACUCACUCCAGUGAGCGGGAGGACGUUGGCCAGUCCACCAUUCCGUAUUUUGACAGGGAAAGGUCUGGGCCCAUGCCUAGAGUUGCUCUAGAUGGGCUCGGGCUCUACCACCGCGGCAAUGGCGAAUCUGGAGGAUUUAUUGGCAUUAAAGCCUUUACUUUUAAUCUCUCUCCGUAUUUGAAGCCUGAUAUUGACCCGAAUUUGAUGAGAAAAGGAGAACUGGAGAGUAUACGGGAGAAACAAGCGAUUGAGGAGCUAGAUUAAAUUAUGGUUUAUGCUUCAUGCUUGAUUAUUUAUGCUAUAUUAUUAAAAAUAUAUUGAAAAGUA